ACGUCGGAUGAAACCACCUUUUCUCCAGUUCCUGAAAAUACAAAUCCUAAACUUCAAGCCUCUAUAUGUUUAUGAAUAUUUUCAUUCUACCCCAAUACUAUAUAUUUCACCAAUUUUACCCUAUCCUUAUCUCUCUUUCACAUAUCAAUUUUUUUUUGCAACACUUGGGGAACGUUGAGCAAAGAAAAACAUUUGGGGACAUAUUUGUAAUUUAGGAAACAUUGAGAAGCUUUUGUAACAUAUGAACUUAAAUUUCUAAAUUAAUGUUGUGCCAGAGAAAUCCCCAAAUUGCGACUCGAUUAGGGUUUUUGGUUCAGAUCGCGAUGUCGAUGGGGAAGCCGAUGCAAAGCGAAACCCGAUUGGUAGUGGCUGGGAGGGAGACGCAAAAGGCGGUUGCGGUGUCCAAUGGAGGAUCGACGGCGAUCGUGGAGUAUACUCCGCCGGUGUUGCAGGAGGAGGAGGAGGAUCUGGAGGUGAAGCUCCGGCGAAUCCUCGAGAACGUUCCUAUCCGCGUUAGCAACACCUCCGGUAGUUCGGCUGGUUCUGGCUCCGGAGAUUUCCACCAGUAUCGGCAAAUGAGACGAAGAGAACAAGAUCGGCUUGCGAGGAUGGAGGUUGACUACCAGAAGCGAAAACAACUUGCAGAAUUCAGUAUGAGAAGGGAAGAGAAACUGAAAACUGCAGAGGAAAAGACAGCGAAGAAGCGGUUGAAACGCCAAAAGAAGAAGCAGAGGAAGAAGGAGAAGAAGAAGAGUAAACCAAACUGCGAGGGAGGAGAACAGCAACAACAGCACAAAGAAGAUAUUUCCUCUGAUGAUGACGAAGGAGGCUCAGGAAACGAGGAUGGAACCGCUGAAUGAGCAAAAAAAAAAAAACUUAUUCAUAUAUCAGUUCUUCCUUUCCCGAGCUCGUUAAAUGCACUUGGCAAUCACGGGAUCGGAGAUGCGUUUGUUUUCGCAAUGGAGGAAACUGGUGAAGGAAAUGGAGAGAGAGGCCCCUUAGAGUAAGGUGCCAUUGUUUCUUCUUUCUUUUCUUACAAAGCCUGUAACAAUGCUUUGAACCUUUGUCUUGCUUUAAGAAUUGUCGUGGUGUAAAUGAGAUUAAUGGUAUGAAAUUUAAAAAUGUUACGAGAUCGAGUUCUAUUUUGA